AAACACCUCCGAGGACACCACAUCACUGCACAAGAUGGGUUACAACUCUCAGCACAUCUUGACGAUAGUUGGUAGUUUCAUCUUCCAUCUGACCAUCUCCGAAUGGCUGUCCUCUCCAUUGCUUCGGAAACUGGCGCCUGUCUUCGUGACUUUACCGGCCAACAAACAGGUGGUACUGAGAAACAGUGUGAUGUCAACCUUCCAUGCUGCUAUUGUUGGAGGGCUUGGCGUUUACAUGUUCUUUUUGUAUGACGGUUUGAAAGCAGAAGAUCUCUGGUUUGAAAUGCCCAUCUUCGCAUAUGCAUCAAGCGUCGCGAUGGGAUACGAGAUGGCUGAUAAUCUACUGAUGGCGAUGUAUGACCCUCUACGAGACUGGAAGAUAGUUCUGCAUCACGCUGUUGGCAUCUGGGGAUGUCAUAAUGUCAUUGCCCAACCCCAGGCGCUGUAUUUUGGCACCAGCUGGACUCUGUUUGAACUGUCCACUCCCUUCAUCAAUAUGAGGUUGAUCCUAGACGCUCUGGGCCACAAACGUUCACAUCUGUACAAAGUAAACGGUGUGGCCAUGCUGGUGGUGUUCUUCCUCUGCCGUGUCGCCACCAUCCCCAUGUUUUUCGGACUGAUCCCGCACAUAAAGACAGGCGAGGUGUACAAACUUGGAUCUGGUAUUCUCAUCAACCUCUUUGUUCUGAGUCCCAUACUUUACAUGCUGAAUAUAUUUUGGUUCAUCAAGAUAUGUAAGGGAGCAUAUCGCGUUCUAUUUGCUCCCAAGAUUAAGAAAGAUACAAAAUAAUUUUACCUACACUUUACCCUUUUCAGACCGAGCUAUUUUGGUCAAUCUGAGACGGGGUGUCUUUUGAGGCCUACGUUUGAGACUCCUCUAACUCCUAAACGACUUAUCAUGUGACCAACAAAUUGACGAAAUGCCUCUCAUCAACCGGUUGCUAUGGCAACACGAAAUAAUGGAAAACUUUCCAAACUUUGUUGAAUGUUUGACAAAUAAAUUUCAGGAAAAUUCACCGAUUUCGGUUCAGGUGUUAGACGACAUGAACAUUGGCGCAUGCCUCAAAAUCCGCCUCGUCAAAAAAGUCUAAAAUAAGCAUUAUUUUGAAAAUAUUGCACUUGUCUAAUGUAAGGUCUAGAAGAAAUGCUGUGUUUUCGAUUACAUGUACGGUCCUGAAAAACGUUUGAUUCGGUCGGUCAACAUUAUAGCAAUGUGAAAUGCACUAGGUGCUGAUAUUCUCAUAAUAUUGAUAAUAGUAAUUAUACAGAUAUACAUUGGACGAGCACAAAUAUAUUG